AUGCGUUUGCCGCAAAUUCUUUACAAUUUACAAAAACGAUUUCUGAAAAUGUUCGAAAUGAAAAAUCAAGAAAUAAAUGAGAAUGCCACGCCCAGUAUACAGGAUAUUGCUGGGAAAUUGGCAGAGGAGCAGCAACGUCUACGCCAAUUGGAGGCCACGUCAAUGCCAAGGGAGAAGACUCUAUUUGUUUUAGGCAGCAAGUGUGUGGGCAAAUCCACAGCAAUUAGUAAGUUCUUUGACCGCGAAGAUCUCUCCACACGACCCACUCUGGCCUUGGAAUACAGUUUCGGCCGGCGCAUGGGCAAUGGCAGCGGCAGAUCAGCUCAGGUUUUGAACGUCUGGGAAUUGGGAUCGUUGGAUAAUGCCGAACAAUUGCUUGAUGUGCCCAUGCGGACUCAUGGUCUGCAGCAAUUGGCUGUAUUCAUUAUGCUGGACCUAUCACAGCCGCAGCGUGUGUGGACCGAUUUAGAGUGUGCCUACAAGGGACUGAGAGAAACUGCUAAUCAUAUGCUGGAACAAGCCAGUCCAGCAGUUAAGGAGACCCUCGAACAACGUUCCCUAGAGAGAAUUGGCCAACAGCAUCAGGGGGACUUAAUUACACUAGAUCUGCUACCGUUUCCGGUUGUCAUUGUGGGUGGCAAAUACGAUAUCUUCAUGGAUCUGGAUCCUGCUCUAAAGAAACACAUUUGUCGUUGCCUACGUUCCAUGGCCCAUCUAAUCGGGGGCGCUGUUCUCUUCUAUUCCCAAAAGUUACCCAAAUUGGCAAAAGUUCUAAGGGAUACCAUAAGUCAUUUAGGUUUUGGUAGUCCCGCCCAUCCAUUUCGUGCACAUGUAACCGAUUAUAAUGAAGCACUGUCCAUUUGGUUCGGCACAGAUAGUUGGUCGAAAAUCAGUGACACUGGUGCCUUGAGCAUUGAGCGAAUCGGAGCCACUUUGGGUGUGGAAGUCCCUCAAUUGCAGCUAGAGAAGCAGCAACAGCAACUACCUCAGAAUCCAGCCAAAGAUGCCGGUUUUCGAGAGGCAGUGAUCGAUGAGAUGCGAGCCCAAAAGGAUGAAGAGCUGUCCGGGAUCAUGAGGGAUGUUCUACUGCGUGGCAAAUUCGAGAGUGUUGCCACCUAAAAGGCGGUGUGCAAAACCCAGUGGGUCAUGGGUUAAAUGUUACUUGAAAGUAUUAAUAAACAAAAAUUGAAGAGUAAUCGUUAAUUUAAAGUCAAUAUGAAUCCCAAAACAACUAGGGCUAGGGUCAUCAAGGUAUUGAGUCGUAUUGGAGCACGUGGAGAUUUCACGCAAUGCCGCGUAGAACUAUUGCAGUUUCCACGGUUCCAAACAAUGUGCGCUGUCAAGGGAACCGUACGCCCGGGGGAUAUAAUCAAUAUUGAAGAAUUUGAAGAGAGAUAAAAUUAUUUGUCCAAAUCGUUUAAUCUUUCUGUUCAGGAUCAAGUAAAUAUAAUAAAUAUUUAUUAACUGGAA